AUCAAGGUGGCAACACUGCAAUACAGUAUGUCCACAGAUUAUAAAGUCUACUGGUACUGUCAAAGUAAACAAAUUUUCUAUAAAGGGAAUGCUCGAAUAAUUCUAACCUAUAUUUCAUGAAAAUUUUAAUAGAUAAAACAAUCGUUAUCGGUUUCAUAUUAUUUUAUAUACGGUCUAUAAUAUUAAAUUCACUUUUACAACUAUUAAAUUAUUGAUUAUAUACUAAUGUCAAACAACGAUAAACAGUACGAAGAAGAUCUAGAACGAGCUCAGGCUUUAAGUUUGGAGUCAUUAGCAUUAGAACAAUUUAAAAAUAAAAGACUUCAAGAGUUAAAUUAUGCUACACAGGAAAUUUCGAAGGAUAAAAACACAGCAGUUGUCAGAGCUUCUUCUAUGAAUGAAAGUGACUUUUCUCAAAAAUAUGAUCAGUAUUCAAGCAGACCAAGACCUGGAACUUCUAGUAGCAAUAAAAUAGGUUUACUAAUUGAUCCACCACCAUCAUCCCAAAAGAAAAGUGUACCCACAUCUAAUGAUUCCGAAUCCCCAGACCUUAUAUCGUUUUCUACAACACCUCAUAACACCAAGAAAAUUAUAAAUAUUAGUAACCAGCAAACUUUUAUAAGCAAGAAAAUAUUACACAAUGUUCAUUCCAAUAUAAUUACAAAUCAGUCUCAGCUGGACAACUCCUUAGUUCAAGAUUUGUACAGGACCAAUUUAAAUAGUUUUUCUGAAAUAUUACCUAAUAAAAAACAGAUUUUCUCAACUUUACCCAGAAAUCAAGUACCCCCACUACCGUUAUCUUUGAAAAGUAAAACAGAAUGUGAAAAAAAAGUAUCCAAUAAUCUUAUAGAUUUAUCAAGCGAUAAAAACAAUGUAAGAGUUAGUAUCUUGGAAGAGUUCGACCCUCUUUUAUCUUCAAGUUCCUACAGAACAAUGAGCCAGGAUAUAUGUGUUGUUGAGGAUGCAGCGUCUGUUAGUGAUAGUGUUUAUGAAGAAUAUGAUCCGUAUGAUUAUAUACAUGCUGGCUACAACGGAACUAGUGUAUUGGAAUCCAUUAAUACUUUAAUAGUAAAACCAGAUAAUUUACCACAUUCUCCAAUACCCGUUUCUAUAAAACCGGACAUGGAAAUUAUAAAGGGUGACUGGAGCCUUCUGGAGAAACUUAUAAAACAUGAUGAUAUAUUAAGACAAAUUAAGGACCCAGACCUAAUUGAAUUUUAUGCAAUGGUUUAUAAAUUACGUAAUGAAUAUGAUUAUAGUGAUAUCAACAGGAAUAUAGGACUAGUUAUUAGUCCAAUGAUAACAAUUAAAUGUCCAGAGGGGUUGAGUGUAAAACUUUGUGUUCAUCCCGAUUAUGAAGAAGCUGAUUUUGAAAAGCCUGUAUAUUUUACAUGUGAUGUCACUACCAGUAUCGAGCAUAUUACACUUCAACUAAUUUGUGAACUGGAGGCCCCUUCCAAAGAUAAGUACACUUUAAAAGUGAAGGGUUAUGAUGAAUAUCUGGUUCCAACUUCAUUAUUAAGUGAUUAUGAAUAUGUACAUAAUUGUAUUAAAUUGGAAGAAGAUAUUGUAUUAAUAUUGAUUCCAGAUAAUAAAAUUGAAAAGUUUUUUCUCCGAACGAAACAAGAUGAUACUAGGGAUAAAGAUGUCCAGUUUAACGAUAUACUAUCUUAUGAUUUGGAACAGCAUAUAAACUAUGAGAGUUUAACAAUUUUAAUAGAUACUUUGGAAAAUGAAAUGAAAAAGUUAGACAUUCCAGAAAUAAAAGCCAUACAGCCUCAAAAAGUUAUUCAAUCAGUUAAGUGUAUAGUUAAUUUAUUGGGAAAUCUAUGUACUUUGGAUGUUAUCGACAGUAUAGAAGAACUUCAGAACAUAUGUGAUUCUAAAAGUUUAGAAUCAGUUAAAACAGGAUGCAAUAAAAUAAGAAUAGCGAUACAAUGUCUCUUGGAAAUGUAUUCAAAGGCAUUCUUGGUAAAUUUUAAAGUAACAAAUUUGGAAAUAAAAUCCGAUAUUACUUAUGUACAAGACGUACUUGAUCCCAUUUUAAUAAAAGUUUGCUUGAUUUGUCGACCACUUAUAAAAUGGAAAUACCAUUCUUACUAUGUAGAUGCCAGAAUAUGUCAUGGAUCCAAAGAAUUGGCAAAAAUUGCGUAUGAUGACCCCAAGUAUAAAAAGGAACAUGAUAUGUGGCCCGAUCGAAUAGUAAUUGACUUGUGGUUUCAAUUUGAUAAUAUAAAAAUUAAUUCUUUAGCUAGGGAAUCCAGACUUGUUUUAGUUAUACAUGGGAGAAUCUUAGAUGAAACUGACAAUGAGAAUAAUAUACCUAAAUUCUUAGAAGAAGAAAUAGGCUGGGCUUCUGUCCAAUUUUUUGACUUUGAUGGGAAAUUCAAAAAUGGAAAAAUGCUUUUAACUAUUUGGUCUUCGGAAUCAAAUGGUUUACAUGGACCAGCACCUGCCUCCUUAUCUGGCAUGAAUCCUACUAUAGAGGUGGAUAUUAUUGCUUUAUCAAAUAUUAAAUAUCCAAAAGUUAAACCUUCCACGUUUGACAGUAAAAUGUGCGAUUUUAACAGUUUGGAUAAACAAACACAGGAAAUUAUUUUGGAUGCAUGUAAUAAAAAUAUGCUUUGUAAAUUACAACCUGAUGUUAGAGAGCUCAUUUGGGAUAAACGUCAUUAUUUAUAUAAAAUACCGACAGCUUUACCAAAAGUACUUCUGGCAGCAACAACUUGGUCGUAUUUUGAAGUUUCUGAGUUACACGGAAUGUUGAAAAACUGGACCAACUUAAAUCCCGUACAAGCAAUGGAAUUACUACUACCAACAUAUCCAGACAUAGAAGUAAGAACAUUGGCAGUUAAACUAAUUUGUGGAUUUCAUAUCGAUGAACUAAUUUAUUAUUUACCUCAGUUAGUAGUGGCCUUAAGAUUUGAGACUUACAAUACUUCAAGUCUGGCUCAUAUGUUGUUGGAAUUUUCUUUACGGUCUCCAAGAUUUUCACAUUACCUCUUUUGGAUACUGAGUCACAAACUAUCUUCAAUUGAAGAAAUUGAAGAUCUUAAAGAAGCAAGUGAAAACCUAGAGAUAAGGAAUUUGCAACGAUUAAAACUUAUGUAUAAAGGUUUAAUAGUAUUAUGUGGCGAAGCAUUAAGAAAUUCAUUUUUAAGGCAACAAGUUCUAGUAAAGAAAUUAAAUAACGCAGCUUUGGUUGUUCAGCACAAAAAAGAUCAAACUAAAAAGUGUUUAGUAUCAGAACUUAAUAUAGUGGAUGAAUUUUUAAAUAACAAUUCCUUAAGUCUACCUUUAUCACCAUCUAUGAGAGUAAUUGGACUUCAAGUUUCUACAAGUUCCUAUAUUCCAUCUUUUACUAUGCCCUUAAAACUUAACUUUAUCAUGAAGGACAAAUCUAUAAAACCUGCAAUUUUUAAAGUGGGAGAUGAUUUACAACAAGAUAUGUUAACACUUCAAAUGAUCAAGCUUAUGGAUAAAUUAUGGUUACAUCAAGGAUUGGACUUAAAAAUGGUUACUUUUAGUUGUGUUCCGACAGGUUUUAAAAAAGGAAUGAUUGAAAUGGUAGUAAACUCUGAGACAUUACGUAAAAUUCAAAUAGAACACGGCCUUACCGGGUCCUUAAAGGAUAAACCUAUUGCUGAAUGGCUUGAAAAGCAUAAUUCUACAGAAUUGGAAUACGAAAGAGCGGUUCAAAAUUUUACAGCUUCCUGUGCUGGUUACUGCGUUGCCACUUAUGUACUAGGAAUUUGUGAUAGACACAAUGACAAUAUUAUGUUAAAGACAUCUGGUCAUUUAUUUCAUAUCGAUUUUGGAAAAUUUUUAGGUGAUACACAAAUGUUUGGUAAUUUUAAAAGGGAUAGAGUACCUUUUGUCUUAACUUCUGAUAUGGCAUACGUAAUUAAUGGUGGAGAUAAACCGACUGAAAAAUUUCAUAAAUUUGUGGAUUUAUGUUGUCAAGCUUUUAAUAUUAUUAGAAAUAAUGCAAAUAUAUUUUUAUGUAUUUUUACCAUGAUGGCAUCAUCUGGUAUUUCUGGAGUAACAGCUAAUUCCGUAUCAUAUUUAAAAGAAGCAUUGUUAUUGGAAGUUUCUAAUCCAGAAGCCGCUGCGACAUUUGCACGAAUGAUACAAAGCUCUUUAAAAUCUUGGUUUACACAAGUAAAUUUUUUUUUACACAAUAUUGCCCAAUUAAAAUUUACUUUUGAUAAUAAUGAAGGGUCUUUAUUAACUUUUGUUUCAAAAGUUUAUAGUAUGAAUACUGAUGAUCGAAUAGUUCAAGUUACAGUAGCUGGUUGCACAAAAAGAUAUGAUCCUGAUAAAUAUUAUGUUUACUUACUUCGUGUCUUUCGAGAAAACCAAAAUGACUCAACGAUAAUUCAGAGAACUUACAAGGAAUUUUGCGAAUUACAUCAAAAGUUAUGCAUGUUCUUUCCAUUAGCAGCCAAAAUACACAGUUUGUCCACUGGAUUAUAUAUGGGAAGAUCAAAUAUUAAACAGGUAGCACAAAAAAGGUUGAUUGAAAUUUCAAAAUUUGUGGCAUCCCUUUUUGAAUGUGCAUUUGAAAUUUGUCAUUCGGAUUUGGUUUAUACAUUUUUUCAUCCUCUAUUACGAGAUCAGCAAGAUUAUGAUUUAAAAAAAUAUAAAGAUCGUGUAAAUGUAAAACAUACCCCAGGUAAACUUUCUGGUCAAAUAAAAUUUUCAUUGGAAUUUUCCAAACAGGGGUUUUCAGUAAUGAUACAUCAUGUAAGAGGGUUACCAAAAUUAUUAAAUGGCCAAGAACCAUCUACUUAUGUAAAAGUAUAUUUAAAACCUGAUGAGAAUAAGGAUACUAAGAGAAAAACUAAAGUCGUAAAAAAAAAUUGUCAUCCUAGUUUUAUGGAAAUGUUGGUUUACAGAUUGCCCAAAGACAAAAUCCAAAGUAAAACAUUGCAGGCAACCGUUUGGAACUAUGAUGCUCUCCAAGAAAAUGAAUUCAUGGGUGGAGUCGAGUUAGAUUUAUGCAAUUUUGAUUUUCAAUGCGAAAUAACUGAAUGGUAUCCAUUAAAAAACGUUUUAAAAUAACAUUUGUAUGAAUAUGUCAUCUAUAAAAUUUGGAUUUACCCGAGAAUUUUAAAGGAGAAGUAAAAUAUAAAUUAAGUUUCAUAAUGUAUAAUUUUAUAAAAUAAAUAUUUUUAAGACGACUUGUAUAUUUAAUUUUAUUUGUAUUUUAAGUUAAUCAAA